UUGGGUGGACAGCCAGCUUAGCAGGGUAGUGCAAACUGUGGUCUGUGUCGAUCUUCGAGUACAGGUUAGUUUCCUGCGAGGCGUUCGAUCGUCCAGAAGCUGUCCGGUUUUUGAGCGGCGCGCGCAAUCUCACACUCGAUCUGAGAGCACAUGUUUACUCGGACUGCCUGGGGCGAUAAGCGGUCGACGAGAAACUUGUUGAUUACAAAUCAUAAAAAUCAAUGUGAAUCUUAUUGAACGGUGGAAGGAAGAAUAAUUUCAUGUCAGUGACCAACAUGAAGACGAUUGCGGUUAAAAUGUUGUUUUUAACAUUCUUUGUUGGGUACUUCGCACUGGUGGUGAACAGAAACGAAGCGGUACAUGGAGUUGAUGCACGAGUGUUCUCGAAAUUGGAUACGUUGGCAACUAGUCAAAAUUUACUGGAUGCGGUUAAGUUUGGCGAAGAGGUUAUCGACAAAUCCAAACGACUGGAAAACACCAUUUCGGGCUCAAAGAUGAAAGUGGCAAAGGGAAGCAUUUCCUAUGCACAGGUCAUCGAUGGAUAUCCUACGCCCAGCACACAGAAGCAGGAUUAUGUGGCAAGAACAGUGCUCAAAGCAACAUCGUAUUUUAUUAACAGCAACUGCAAACCUAACAGAAUCUCGUCCCAAGAGUGUGGACAAUUUCUAUCAAAUAAGUUGAUCCCACAGAGCAAGUUAUUGGAAAGGUGCGAGAAAAUAGUGAACGCAAAGACAUACAAUGAUGAGUACCGACGUCUACUGCCAGCAAGUUAUAACGACGGGAUUUACCAGUUUCGGAAAAGUAUCUUAGGCGGUGAACUGCCACAUCCAAGAAGUAUUUCAAGCAAAUUUCAUGGUUCCACAAUGCAGGAUAACAAAGAUACCCACCAUAGUGUGGCGUUAGUACAGUGGACACAGUUCAUCGAGCAUGAUCUAGCCAAGACAACAGUUCAAAGCACUCACGAUGGAAUAGACAUUGAGUGUUGUAGCACCGAUCAUAACAACGUAGUGCCACGAUACCUUCACCCAUCGUGCAAACCGCUUUACAUUUCUGAAGACGAUCCUUAUUACAAAUCUCAGUAUGUUACCUGUUUGAACUAUGUACGUAGCGCCCUGUCGCUAGGGGAUACCUGCAAUCUGGGCCCAGCAAAUCAACUAAAUCAGGCUACCAAUCGUCUCGAUCUAUCGCAGCUCUAUGGGAACCAUGAAAGUGAAACAAUACCUCUUCGUACGAACCGUGGUGGGAAGCUGAAGUCCCAGUCCUUCAACUCAGUAGAAUAUUUAGCCGAAAGCUCUGAUAAGAAACUGUGUGUUGUGAAUGACACUUUGAGUACUAUUUGCUACGCUUCAGGAGAUACGCGAGUGAACGUGAAUCCAUACGUGACACUUCUUCACACUCUAUUUUUGCGAUCUCACAACCGGUUGGCAACGCGUUUGUCCCUUAUAAACCCUCGCUGGGGCGAUGAACGUUUGUUUGAGGUUAGCCGAAAGAUAAACAUACGAAUCUACCGGAAAAUUGUCCACGAAUGGGUGGAAACUAUUUUGGGCAAUCGAAUACAGAUUAGUAAUUUAGGGAAUAUUGAUCCGAGAGUCAGUAAUGAGUUCGCGACCGCAGCAAUCCGCUUCUACAACACAAUGAUGCCCGGAGAAAUAACCGACUUGUUACAAACCAGUCGGCCAGUGGACUUGGAAGAUUUGUUUUACAAGCCCAAAGAUAUGCGCAAGAAGAAAUACUUCAGCCAACUCAUGAGUUCCGUUCUCCGGCAGAACGCAAUGUCGAUGGACACAAGCUACGUGGAUGACAUGGCCCAGCUUUUAUUUAAAACCAAAAAUAUUGGAACGGACGUUCUGGCGCUUGACAUUCAACGCGGUCGCGAUCACGGCCUGAACAGUUACACAAGCUACUAUAAGCUUUGCACCGGGAGAACUGUCGAGUCAUGGAGCGAUCUUUCCACUGUAAUCAAGCCGGUAGAUCUCGAAACCCUGCAAUCGGCAUAUGCAUCGGUCGAAGAUGUUGACCUUAUCGUAGGAGCAGUAGCAGAACAACCAAGUGCUCCGAAAGCAAUCGUUGGCCCGACAAUGGCAUGCAUUAUCAAGGACCAAAUGUCAUUCUCACUGGGAGCUGAUGAACAUCAUCAUGCACAAAUCGAUUCAAUCCUAGCAAAUUAUUCUGCGACACGCUUCCUCUGUGACACGGCUCAAGUAGAACAGGUUCAGCGAAACAUCUUCCGCCUACCAGCGGUCGACAACCCCCAAGUGCGUUGCGCACAGCUUCCCGAGCUAGACUUGAAUGCCUUGCGGGAGCCGUAGACGGAUGUUGUUUGUGCGAAUAAAUAAUGAAUGAGUCGAUUAAAAUGUUAUCACACCGACGGUGACGACGAUUGUAGUGUGGUAGUGAUAAAGGUGUCUUUAUCGUGUGGUACAGAUACCGUCCCUGUUAGGAUAUAGGAGCAUCAUUGACAAUCAACUAGUAGCUGACACUAUACGCGCUUCGCUUGGAAUUUUUGAUCAUUAGGUUCACAAAAAGAAACGCUGGUGACACAGCACGCAAGGUGAAACUAACCAAUUCAACGUUACGUUCUACAGCUCUGAAUUAGUACCAGAAUAAGACUGUUGAACAACAGAGUGUAUGCAUAAAAACCGGCAGUGAAACGUGCUUGUGACUUAAAUUAGUGAAUUAGCUAUAACUAUUUUUUUUGAUAAUAAAAACAUGUGUUGACCUAAAAA